AUGGAGCUGAAUUCUCAGAACAGACCAUUUUCAAUCAAAUUAUGGCCUCCUAGUCAGAACACUAGACAGACACUUGUGGAAAAGUUGAUCAUCAAUCUUACUACAAGAUCCAUUUUCACGCAGAAGUAUGCAACUUUGGACCGUGAAGAGGCUGAAGAAAAUGCAAAAAGAAUCGAGGACGUGGCUUUUGCCACUGCAAACCUACAUUAUGAGAAAGAGCCAGAUGGUGAUGGAGGAUCUGCAGUCCAGCUUUAUGCCAAAGAGUGCAGUAAGCUCCUCCUAGAUGUGCUUAAACGAGAACCUAAUAAGAACAGUGACAAUGAAGCGGUGGUGCCUGAUUAUACCGUUGCUCCUCGGGAAUCUGUUUUUGAUAUAUCAAAAGGCAAAAGGGCUUUCAUUGAAGCAGAGGAAGCUCGUGAACUUUUGAGGCCGUUAACGGAACCGGGGAAUUCUUUCACUAAAAUAUGCUUCAGCAACAGAAGUUUUGGAUUAGAAGCGGCAGAGGUUGCCCAGCCGAUUCUUACUUCACUAAAGGGCCAGUUGAAAGAAGUAGACCUGUCAGAUUUUGUGGCUGGAAGGCCAGAAGCAGAAGCACUUGAUGUCAUGAGGAUAUUCUCUGCUGCUCUUGAGGGAAGUGUCUUGAAGUAUUUAAACCUUUCUGACAAUGCUUUAGGUGAGAAAGGUGUUAGAGCAUUUGGAGCUCUCUUGAAAUCCCAAAGCUGCUUGGAGGAGCUUUAUCUUAUGAAUGAUGGAAUUUCAGAAGAAGCCGCACAAGCAGUUUCUGAGUUGAUUCCUUCCACCGACAAGCUCAAAGUUCUUCAUUUUCAUAAUAAUAUGACUGGAGAUGAAGGAGCACUUGCUAUAGCUGAGGUUGUGAAGCGUUCUCCUCUGUUGGAGGAUUUCCGUUGCUCCUCCACAAGGAUAGCCGAGGAAGGUGGCGUCGCCUUAUCUGAAGCUUUAGGGAAUUGUGCCCAUUUGAGGAAGCUUGAUUUACGAGACAACAUGUUAGGUGUCGAGGGUGGGAUUUCUCUGAGUAAAGCUCUUGCCAAGAACGCAGAGUUAAGAGAGAUAUACCUAAGCUACUUGAACUUGGAAGAUGAAGGAGCAAUUGCUAUAGUUAACACUCUUAAGGAAUCAGCUCCUCACCUUGAAGUUCUUGAGAUGAAUGGAAAUGAAAUCACAGUUGACGGUGUUCCAGCUAUAGUAGACUGCCUAGCAGCAAAGAAGUUUCUUGCCAAGCUGAUCCUCUCGGAGAACGAACUAAAGGAUGAAGGUGCCAUCCAGAUAAGUAAGGCUCUAGAAGGGCUUGACCAGUUAAAGGAAGUUGAUCUAAGUUCCAAUGAAAUAAGCAGUGAUGGGGCUCGACAAUUGGCUCUCAAUGUGGUGCAGAAGGCUGAUUUUAAACUUCUGAACAUUAAUGGAAACCAAAUUUCUGAUGAUGGCAUUGAAGAGUUGAAGGUUAUAUUUGAAAAAUCUCCGGACAUGCUCGGUCCAUUAGACGAAAAUGACCCUGAUGGAAAAGACGAUGAAGAGGGUAGCGUGGAAGAUGAACUGGAAUCCAAAAUGAAGAACCUUGUGGUUGAUUGA